GGCGGCGCGGGGUCAGCCGUGGGUCACGACUCCCUCGGCUCCGCUGCAGGGCGGGGGUCGCGGCGCCCUCCCCCACCAACCCCGCACCCCGCGCGCGCCCCGCAGAGCCUGCUCCUUCCGGCGCUCGAGUACGCAAAGCUCCAGGCCUUUCUGACCCCGCACUGCACACCCCAGAAACCCCAGGUCCUCCAGGACGCCCGGGACUUUUCGGACCUGCAGAUGCCACGGACACCAGAUCCCCCACGGACCCCUCGGCUCCCCCGGACUCCGCGGUCGCAGCAGGGGCUGAGGGGCGCCGGCCCCCGGGACGGCUUGUGGGCGGGGCCUCGCGGGGAUUGGCUGCGGCCUGGAUACUUUGUAGCACCCGCACCUUCUGCGCUGCCCAGCGCCUCCUCGCCAGCCCCGGGUGCGCGCCAAGCACGUGCGCCAGCGCUGAAGCGGGUCCCAGAGGAGUGGCCACGACCCAGCACAGGAUGCAGAGCUUCCUGACUCUGCUGAAGGAGCAUGAGGACACCUGUGCACCCCCGGCGGAGCUGGUGACCCUUGCGGGCAGACUGUGCCGGGACUUCCAGGAUGACCUUGCUCAAGUGCAGCCUUUGGUCACAGCCAUUCUGGACAGCCAGCUCCGCCUGCACCUCCUGGACAACGCAGAUGUGGCCCUGGCAUGCGCCCGUGUCCUGGACCGGCAGGAGCAGCAGCAGGCGGCUUGCCGGCUCCUGGAGGGGUGCCAGGUGCCGGGAGGCAGCCAGGAGCUAGUGCAGCUCUGGAACGACAUCCACUACCGUCUGGUCAUGAGGAGGCUGGGCGUGGCUGCGCUCACCCCGGUGCAGAAGUUCCGCUGCAGGAAGAGGAACCCCCCGCCCCCCUCCCUCUGCCCGGAGGGGCUGAAGAGCCGGAACUUCCCCAGAGAGGUUCGUGAGAAGCUGCACAAUUUCGCUGUGGGGGUGAACACCAACCCCAGCAAGGCUGAGAGGGAGAACUUGGCAUUGGAGACGAGCUUGACCCCUGAGCAGGUGUACAACUGGUUUGCCAAUUACCGGCGCCGCCAAAGAGCCUUUCCCCAGCACAUGAAGCCAGCCCAGCAGGCCACAGCUGAAGACCCUGGUGCAAGGGAGAGGGGUCCUGACCUCCUGCAGCCCUCAGGCAACCCCCAUGUUGACUCUGGGUUUGUGGACAGGCCUCAGUGGUCAGAGGAAUGUAAGGAAAAGGGGCCUCCACAGUCCCCACAGACCACCCAAGGACCAUGGGAGCCACUGGCCUUAGCCCCAGACUUUCCUGCAGAUGAGACAGUCUCAAAGCCACUGGCCUUAGCCCCGGACUUUCCUGCAGAUGAGACAGUCUCAAAGCCACUGGAUGUCAGGUCUCUGCCAGGUGGCGAGAUGUACCAGGAGGGGCCUGGCCAUGAUCCUGCCACCCUCCCCCUCUUCUGCCCUGGCCCUGGCCUCUGCCCUCUGGCUGCCGGCAGUGACAUGCUGGACCCCUCUCUGGCUGCCCCUGAAUCUUGGCUGAUGUCUCUUGCACUGGCGUCCUCCAAGGAAGUUUCCUUCCAGACUGGGCAGCUGGUCCACAGUCAUGGGCUGGACUUCAUGAUGGGCCCUGCAGAUACCGCUGUGGCUGUGUCCAUUGCCACCCUUGGAGAUCCCAGCCCUACAGGGUUUGCUGGCCCCCACAGCGGCCAUCCCCAGAGCGUGCAGUUGGAGGAGGGUCUGGGCACAAGCAGUGGACGGACAGAGCUACGGGUGGGCAGCUUCCUGGUGACACAGCCUCCACUGCAAGCUCCUGAAUUCAUCCUCACCCAGAGCCCUCCAGAGCUGGCCCCAGCCCCGUCUGCCUUCCCCGGCCCUGUGUCUGCCACGGAGCUGAGCCAGGCCCUGCCCUCCAGCCAGGUGCAGUGUUCUGAUAGCCAGGCCUCUGGUGAUGCCUUCUGGGGAGCCAGGAUGCUCCUUGAGUUUUCAGGGAGCAGCCUGGGCUGAGCUAUCCUCAGGAGCCAAACAGCACCCCAGGAGGAGCGGGUGUGGAUGGUCUGCCUGGUCAACACAAGGAGUUACAGAGCUUUAUCCUGAAUACAAAAUGAAAGUCCCCAGAGUUCCCCUGGGGGCUCUGCUGAAAAGCAGAGAUUCUUUCCCACUGCCAUGUUUGAAUAGUUUGGUUAGCAAUUCCCUGUAGUAGAGAAAGCAUUUGAGAAAUGUUCGUGAGAUCAGAAGUCAAAGGUGGGUCUGUCCCACUCACGCAGCACUGGAUCAGUCGGGCUCCAGGGCACUCAUGUGCAGAGAAGGCCAUUCUAGAGAGGGGAGUGAUCUGCUGCUGGCUGCCUUGCCGUCUGCCCGUGCACACGGCCAGACUUUUCCACCAAGUUAACUGAGUGAGGUAUGAGGAGUGUUCUGAGAUUUCUGUGUGUAGGGGCUUCUCCCUUGAGUACUGGGAGGCAAACCUGUCUGCGAAUGGCCCAGGCAGGGCACAGUAGGGUGGGUUUUCCAUCCAAGUUGUAAUUCACUGUGUCUAUGACACAAAUGUUGUAGUCAAUUAAAGUUUAAUGUUUUGAACUCC